AUUUAAAGAGAAUUUGAAUGCCAAGCCACAGGAGACACAGCAACAUCACCAUCAAGUUGACGUCUCAUGCGCCGCUUCAAAAGGGAGGAGCCGAGCUGGUUGGAUGUCCAUGGAGAGGAGCACUCCUGAAGGUAUCAACAUGGAGGAACAUGCUUCGAGGUUUCAGCCUUUGCCCCUACCCAGAUUUACGGGUGACUUUGAGCGGGCUACCGUCGGAAUUCCAGUUGUAAUGCGAAAGAGAAAGCCUCUGGAGGUGAGGAAUGCGCUCCGCGAAAGAAGAGUCGCGGCCAAACAAAAGGACGCGCGCUACCAUGCGGAGGUGGCCCUGCGUAAAUACAACAGAGCCAACAACACCAAGUUUGAACUGGUGAAGGUAAAAGUGAUAUCUAUAUUUUAUGAGUUUGGAGGGGCCGGCGCCCAUUAUAACUUCACAGCUAAGCAGCCUGAGGAGCAACAUUCUGCUGAUGCCGACAGUACCAAGCUAUUCUUCUCUGAAGUCCACCUGAAUUUUCGGGGUGAGAAUGAUGUGAUUAUGUGCCGUAUAGUUGGGGAAAAUGACGCAGGGCAUUGCUAUGGCUGUGAAAACUACCAGCCUGUUAUUCACCCAAGCAGCCAAGCAUACGGCGGCGGUAGUAGCACUUGUAUUGACUAUCCUUGCUCAGACGGCGAUAGCGACAGCGACUAGUAAUGUAGCACUUGAAGCCCGGUGGCCGGCGCUUGCUUGUGUGGCCAGUCUUCUCGGGUGUGUAUUGACUUGUUUGCAAUUCUGCGAGAAUAUCCAAUCGCAUGGAGUAAAUGGAUGAACUUGAGAAAUGUGUCGUUGGAUGGAGACCCGAGUCUCAACUGAAUGUUGGCUUGUGUGACCAAUCCAAUAAUGACAUUUGCUAUUGUGGUUUGCGUCUUGGCCUGAGAAAAUAUGCACUACGGUGAGUAAAUGGA